AUCGGAAGUACUACAUUUGAAUUGUACAACGUAACUUGAUCGCCGUGUCCCGUAUCCAUCCACAUUGAAAACACUCAGCUUGUUAGCUGGACCAAUGGAGACAGCAGGAGUUUGUGAGAUUGACGUGGCCACAAGGAGAAUUGUAGGAGGCAGUGAGUCACCACCAGACCUGGAUAGUCCAUGUCAGGAGGAGGUUGCUGAGUUUGGUUUGGGUCUUUGCUGUGCUGAUGAGGAGAGGGGGGAGACUCCUGGCAGGGAGGACAGUCCCAGUGACCUUGGGGAGGCAGAGCUUGACCCUGGAGGAGACCCUAAGACGGUAGAGGACCAAGCCUUUGGGAAGGAGGUGGUUCUUUUGAUGCAGGCCCUGAAUUCGCUGGCCACUCCUGAGGAGAAGCUGGCAGCUUUGUGCAAGAAAUAUGCUGACCUGCUGGAGGAGACCCGCUGCAUGCAGAAACGUCUGAAAGCGCUACAGAAGAAGCAAUCUCAGAUUGUAAAGGAGAAGAUUCAUCUGCAGGGGGAGCACAGCAAGGCCAUUCUGGCCCGCAGCAAGCUGGAGAGCCUCUGUAGGGAGCUGCAGAGACACAACAAGACACUGAAGGAGGAAAAUGCCCAGCGGUCCAGGGAGUAUGAGGAGCAGCGGAAGGAGGCCAUGCUGCACUUCCAGAUGACCUUGAGUGAUAUUGAGGUGCAGAUGGAACAGCACAGCUCCCACAACACUAAGCUGAGGCAGGAGAACAUGGAGCUGGCUGAGAAGCUCAAAAAGCUCAUCGAGCAAUACGAGCUAAGAGAGGAGCAUAUAGAUAAAGUGUUCAAGCACAAGGAGCUGCAGCAGCAGCUGAUGGACGCCAAGCUGCAGAGAAUCACCGAGAUGAUGAAGGAAGUGGAGGAGAAGCAGCAGAGAGAGAGGGACUUCCUGCUGAAGGAUGCCACAGAGUCCAGACACAAGUGUGAGAUGAUGAAGGAGCAGGAAACACAGCUCAAACAACAGCUCUCAAUGUACAUGGACAAGUUUGAGGAGUUUCAGAGCACUCUGGCAAAGAGCAAUGAGGUCUUCACCACUUUCAGACAGGAGAUGGAGAAGAUGACCAAGAAAAUUAAGAAGCUGGAGAAGGAAACAACUCAGUGGAGGACAAAAUGGGAGAGCAACAACCAGGCCCUGCUGCAGAUGGCUGAGGAGAAAACUCUGCGCGAUGGCCACUUCAAGGCGCUGCAGGGAAAGCUGGAGCUGCUGGAACGUCUGUGCAGAGCGCUGCAGAAGGAGAGGAAUGACCUCAACAACCGCCUCAGCCUCCUACAGGAGCAAGGAGACAAAGGGACCACAGCAGCCUCUGAAGCCCAGCCAGGAGAGCCUUCAGCAAGGGAGGAAGACGAGGAGGAUGAGGAUGAGGAGAGCUCAGAGCAGGGUGAAGGGCUAGAGACGGAGAGCAUCCACCAAUCUCCCAGACCACCUGAAGAGGACCCAACACCAGCCAACACUGACAAAACCACCACUGCUGUGACCACAUCGGCAACCAGCCAGCCUGCAGAGACGCCGCCCACACAGCAGGACUGAAAGUCUGUACGUGAGGGCGCCCCCUUCAGUCUAGUUCAGUAACUAGCCAGAAAAAUGAAAAAUGAUCUUUGAUGGAAGUAGAGAUUUAUUUCUUCAUGUUUCUUUUUUUAUUCUAGACCUGUCUGUCCAGGUCUUCCACUUAACCCUAAUUUUUUUCACAUGAUAGCUGAAGAAGAAUGUAAUGAUUGAAUCAUAGCUCAAAUUUGGAUAAUUGGCUUUAUGGUGAGCACUUUUACUCUCCAUUAAUUUUCAUAGGAGAAUCCAUGCAGUCAAACUUGCCUUUAAUUUUUCUCUGAACAUGAUCUGUUCCAGUUGUAGCUGGAUUAAAAUUACACACAUAUAGUCACAGGUCACAUUAAUUCUGCAGCCUUACACUCAGAAUGUAAUGUAAAAAGCCGGGAGAGAUCAUUAGAAGCCGUGCAGAUUGAGUGCAAAGUUGCUCCAUGUUGGCAUUUGUACUGGAAACGGAGUGUUGUCUUUGUAGCUGCAUCAUGGCAUAUGGUUGUUCAUCAUCUCUUAAUAAGAGCAGAAGGAGUCACAGUGAAAUUAAUCAGCCUGCCCCUGUUACAAAGGUGCCAUUGUAACUGUGUGGUUAGUGUGGAAUAGCUGGUGAUGUACUGAUGACUAAGUGGCCAUGCUGGGAACAUGCUAACACCAGCAAACCACUAUGGCCCACCAAGCUAGCUGGCUUGCUUAUGUUAGCAUCUUAGAAAGCUAGCUAGAAGAGCUGCCUCUUUGUGUAGAAGAAUGUUAAGUGGUUUGUUAUAUUUGAAUCCAAAAUACUGAAGUGCAGUAGCCCCACAGGCUGUGCCUUACAUUAACAGUCAUGAACAACCGGCAGAUGAACAAGAAGUAGUUGACGUCCUCUAAAAUCAUCUGUAAUAAAUCAGUGUGAUGUGCUGAUCUCUUCAGACACACUUUCUCUCUCUUCGGUUCUCAGUGGUUGAGUUCAUGGUCAUGUUAAAUGGAACUCUGGGAUAUAAUGUGCAUAAACUCAUGAAACCACCACAUUUAAAUCAUGGGAAGAGAUGAAAGCUUAGCGAAUGUACAAAUGCUCUACUUGAUUUGAAUUUUCAUCUCACGUAUGCUUUGUGUGUAUAAAGGUUUCUAAUUGGACCAAAAGAGGGAGGCAGAGGCUGGAAGUAGCAUGCUACAAAAAACCUAGAACAUUACACAUCACAUUGCCAGGAUAUCUAGAACACUUCAGCGUGUGCACAGACGUGAUAAAAUAAAGUAAGACGAAGAAAUCUAUUGUCAUCCAGGUCCUGUCAAACAAACGGUCCCUAAAACAAACUCUUGUUCCUUUUCUGCACUUUCUAUAAUUGAUCCGCAGUGUCAUCUGACACUUUUAGUCAUUUUUCCAACUUUUUCUACCAUCAGUCAGGGAAUAGCUCAUAAUUUAUCUGCUGCUCUGCAAGAGGCCAGACAUCUUUAUAACAGCACUAAGUUUUAAAAUGCCUCUUUCUGAAGUUCACUGCUCGAGCAUCCUCCUGGUGGGUGAUCCCAAAUUUUUAGGGUCCAUAACAGCUCAGUGCUCAUUAGAACAGAGUUUAUGUUAAAAUCCAAGAAGUAGACUCAGAGAGCGCCCACCUGUGUCUGAUAUUUCCAGGCGUUUGUCUGAUUGACCUGUGACUUCUCCUGCUCUAAACUCCUCAUGCAUUAUGUUCUCACAGUUAAAGUUUCAAACAUGAUUGACAUGAACAUGUACAGGGUCAAGGGCUGUGUACAUAAUUAUUCCAGUAGAGGACAGGUGCAGUCAGGCCCUAAGAUGACAGGACACAUAUUGCCACCCCCUCCUCUUUCUUUGGCGUUGCCCUGGAUAGACUCUCAGGUAAUGUCAGAAUCUACCUCUGCAGGAGAGACUAACUGUGAAAGAAGAGGCAUGAGUCACCAUAGCUUUGGAGAGCUUUAUUUUUACUAAAAAAAAAAAAAAGAAAGAUGAGCCCACGACCCCUCUUUGAUUGUA